UCCAGUGCGCAUGAUCAGGAAAUUCCCACGAAAGUACAUCACUGACCUCAGUUGCAUCGUAGUUGACAGAUAAAUUCAUUUAGUUGCUGGAUGAAGUGGAUAUUUGUUACCGUGAUUAAUUUCGACGACUGGCCAGGCAGUGAAUAUUAAGAAAGAGCGUGAAAUUAUUGAGGUAAGAGGUACUGCAAUGGACAGUACAUCCGAAGUUGGUUUAAAAACCAACGAAGAGAUUAUAGAAGAGCUCACGAAAGAUCUAGAAAGUUCUUGUAAUAGAGAAGAUGAAAACUCUGUAUCGAAUGACAACAAUGCGAAAUCGAACGUGAAAAGAAGCAAUUUGUCGAAUGAUUUUUGCGAACAGGUGGGGGAGAAUAGCUAUACCGAUACUAACCCUAAAACGCAAAAUGCAGAAAAAACGGAUCUUCCAAGUGAUUUCGUGGACGAAGAAUUAUUGAAAGACAGAGAACUUGGUCUCUCCGAAAGCGAAAAAGAAACGUUUAGAAACGAAGCGGCGAAACUAAAGAACGAGGGUAACGAUCUUUUUAAAAGCGGCGAGUAUACGAAGGCAAUAUCAGUUUACACACAAGGAAUACAAACUUGUCCCUUAAGUUAUAGUAAAGAAAGAUCUGUGUUGUACGCGAAUAGAGCCGCUGCGAAAUCUAAAUGUUUGGAAAAAGAAUCUGCGAUAUUGGAUUGUACAAAAGCUAUAGAAUUAGAUCCUAGUUACUUAAAAGUACUUGUUAGGAGAGCACAAUUAUACGAAGAGACUGAUAAGCUAGACGAAGCUUUGGCAGACUUUAAGAAGAUUCUAACGUACGAUUCUAGUCACGCGGAAGCAAAUAGCGCCGUUCGGAGAUUACCUUCGUUGAUCGAAGAAAAGAACGCAAAAUUAGCAAAAGAAAUGUUUGGGAAACUUAAAGAUUUGGGAAAUAUGGUGUUAAAACCUUUUGGACUUUCUACAAAUAAUUUUCGGUUGGAGAAAAAUCCAAACAACGAAAGUUAUUCCGUUAAGUUUGAACAGAACCCUAGCUAAUACGUUAAUACGUUAAUCGGUGUAUGUUCCACGAGUUGCAGAAUAUUUAUAAAUACUUGUGUAAAUUCUGCUGGAACGCUGUGCUUUUUAUUC